AGAGAUUAAUACUUCUAAGUUCUAACACCACCCUUUGUUUUGUAUGUAGAAAAACAUACACUUUUCAGACGCCGGAGACUUGUUAUUUCACGGACAUCUGUACGGCACUCUGAAGAUCUAGACGAACAACUGCAGUUUCCAUACCGAUGGCAAAGAAGAAAGAUGCAUCACAGGAUCAACCGAUGCAUCUGUUUUAAGAAGGUCAGGUAGAGAAACAUCAACAAGAAAACAAACAAAACUGCUACAAAUAAUUAAAUAAACCUGAGAAAAUUGAGAAACAAAUGGAGUCAACGAAAGAGAAAACUGCAAACAGUUCAAAGCAGAGUUCAGAAGAUGUUAUCGAAGAUAAGAAAAAUGAAAAUCAUUAUCCAGAUGUUGGUUGUAGGAAAAGGAAGAGAUAUGAUGCUUAUAAGGCUUCAUUCAAUUCUCAACGAUUAAGAUAUGAAUCAGAUGGCAAGUCUAUUGAAAAUGAUGACGUGGAGAAAAAAAAUGGUGGCGAUGUAUCACUAUCUAAUGGAAAUGUUGCUAAUAGUGAUAACCACAUGUCCCACAGAUCAUCAUACAUGAUUGAACAUGAUUUAGAGAAUCAGCAGGAACUUGACACUUGUCACAAGGUUACAAAGACAUGCAAAGCAGGUGGUAGCAUGGAGAAUUCGAAAUUUGUAGAAUUCUGGGUUCCUGUUCCGAUUUCAAACGUGCAGCUUGAACAAUAUUGUGCUACUCUACUUACCAAUGCUAUGGCUCUUCGUUCAAGCUCAAAACUUGAUCCUCUCGGAACUCUUAAGGACAUCUUUCUUACCAACCGAAAGUGUUGUAAUCACCCCUACACCGUCGAUCCGGAAGUUCAACAAUCACUUAUGAAGGACAAGGACCAAAGCAUGGUAGUAGAGGUCGGCACAAAAGCAAGUGGCAAACUACACUUUCUUGACCACAUACUACCUCAACUCCAAAAACACAAACGCAAAGUGCUUAUCCUUUUUCAGCAUACAAGCGGUUCUCUUUCGCUUGGACAUAUAUUAGUUGAUUUUGUCCAUAGAAGAUUUGGUCAAAACUCGUACCAACUUGUGGACGGGCCUCCAAACACCUCCUCGAAGAAGCAAGCUGCUAUCAAUAUGUUCAAUACAGAGAUCACUAGAUUUAUUUUCUUACUAGAAUCUCGUGCGUGCCAUCAGAGCAUUAAAUUAUCGUCGGUGGAUGCUAUCAUCAUAUUCGACAGCGAAUUAAAUCCCUUAAAUGAUUUGAAGUCAAUGCAAAAGUUAUCCAUCGAUUCACAGUCGGAACAAAUCAUGUUAUUCCGAUUAUACUCUUUAUCCACCCUAGAAGAGAAAAUUCUUAAACUUCCAGAGAUCAACGUGACUCGCGAUAUUAGGUCACAAAGUUUAAGAACUAAUUAUGAUGCUUUACUCAUGUGGGGGGCCUCUGACUUAUUUGACAAAUUGACCAAGUUUCAUAGUCAAACUGUUGUAAAUAUCUCAUCUGACGAAUCUUUUCUAAAGGAUGUAGUGGAGGAGUUUUUGUAUAUACUUUCUCGCAAAUGUAAAAGCAAUGAUACAACAUCGAAAUCGAUCAUCACCCGAGUUCAAAAUUGCGGAGUUUACGGUAAAAGUAAUGCGUUACAUAGUGAGAUAAAAACACGUUUACCCGAUGGAGAUCAGCCUUAUAUAUUUUGGAGAAAACUAUUGGAAGGACGGUGUCCCGCAUGGAAAUUCGUGUCGCAAUCGACCCCGCGCCAAAGAAAAAGACCUAAUUAUUGUUUGGAUUCCGAUUCACCACCUCGGAGACAAAGUGGCGUAGAUGGUGGUGAUGUUGCGACACGUAAAAUGACUGUGUAUAUUAGUACCGUUGAACCUGCUCGAUUGAAGACUGUAACUGAAGGGGAAACUGGAAGAGUAAAUGACGAGUCUCGGUCAUCGUCUGGCAAUCGGUUUAGGUCAACCGCGGUCAACAAUGAAACGAGUCUACUUGAUUUCUUAAAGCCCACUGUGUCUGAGCUCUGCAACAUUCUCAAGUUUUCGGAGGAUGUGAAGGUUGUAGUAGAAACAUUUCUUGAAUUUGUUGUUGACCAUUAUAAAGUCAGCAAGGAACAUACAAGUAUAUUACAGGCUUUCAUGAUAUCACUGUGUUGGGUUGGUUCUUCUCUAGCGAAAAAUAAAAUCGAUAGGAGUGAGUCGUUUGCUCUUGCAAAGAAGCACUUUGAUUUCAGCUGCGACGAAGAACAAGCAGAAUCGGUGUACAAAAAGCUGAAACAAGUAAAGGAAACGUUUUUAGAGCGCACCCAAGUUCGUCCUGCUAUAAAAGAACACCCUGAGGUGGCCCCCACUUUACCCGAAAGCCUAAUUGAAGCGCAAAGUCAUGAUGAACGUGUGUGUGAAGGUGCUAACGACAUUCAGUCUGCUGGUUCUCAUACUUCUGAAAAAGAGACGGUUGAUGCAACAGUAUCAAGUGAGCAGGUUGGAGAAGUUCCAGCUCAGCAGCUUGAUGAUGACAUGGCGGUUGAUGUGGCGGAGAAAGUUGACUCCAGUCAUGCUGUUGAAAAACUGAAAAGAUUAGAAAGAGAAUUUGCUAACAGGUUGGAAGAACUUGAAAAGUUGUGGGAGAAUGGCCUUGAAGAGAUAAAGGUAACAACGCUGGCAGCUUUGGGACAGGUGGCAGCUGAGAAUGAAUGUUCUUUGCGUGGGUCCCAAUCAGAAGUUGAAUCUGCUGAUAUGAGAACGCCAGCUGGCACCUGUGAUAAAGAGAACAUUGAAGAUGGUGAGAUUUACCUUGAUACAUCAGAUGAUGGUGAUGACCACAAUCAGACCAGCCGAAACGAUGUUGAGUCUGCUGAGGUGGCAACGCCAGCUGUCAAUGAAGAGAAGGCUGAAGAUAAUGAUUCUUUUUGUUCUGAUAGUGGUAAUCCAAUGUGUGCAGCCCUUUCACAGGACAAAACACCGUCUGUUCAGACCGUUUCUUCUCCAGCUUCUGAUCAUUCUUUUCAGGAAAUCCAAAACGAGCCUCUUGAACUAGAACCACUUCCAGAAGGUGGAGUUCGAGAUGAAGAAAUUAAUGUUGGUAAUCUGCAACCGUCAGGUGCCAGUCAACUUGAUCAAAUCAUUCCAGGUGAUGAACUGGAUAUUCCGUCAUCUACUGAUCCAAUGGUUGCCGAAAAUCCACCUGACGCACUUCCACCAAGCGGACCAUUACUUGAACCUACUUUUGAAGAACCACCGGUUGAUGAUGAACUAGACAUGUUUGAUAAGCUUAUUAACGGAAUGAGCCCUCAAAUGCAAGAUCAAACGGAUCCACUUCAAGCUGAAAUAGAGUGGUUAUACACAGAGAAAGAUAAUGUAACCAAGUUCCAUCAAGAAACGAAACAAAAGCUGGAUACCGAAUGUGAAAAGGAAAUAGCGGAAACUGUUGCUAAAAUAAGGCUCAAGUAUGAAGCUAAACAUGUAGAAGCAGAUGCAGCUUAUAACUCAGAAAAGACGGAACUUGAGACCAAUCUUAACACAGUUAUCAUGAGCAGAGUGUUGGCUGAGGUUUUCAGAUGCAAGUGUCAUAAUCUCAUUCCCUCUGGGGAUCCAAGUAAAGACAUGGAAAAAUUGAAGUAAUUGAUUGAUAUCAAAGAAGAAAACACACAUGUCCGAUUUGUAGAAAUGCCUCUCUGCAAUCCAGCAGCCACCACAACCACCACCGUCACUGCCACAGCAACAACCACGACGCCUCUUCAGAUAGUUCAUCAACCAGCGGCUCUGUUCUCAACUACACCGAGCAGACUACCACCGCCACCUGCUCUCUUGCAUUAGCGAGCAGUCUACUGAUGUCGCACUCUCGAUCGGCCGACUGUGGCCCUGCUCCUCUGUAUUUUCCGGCUGCACGCAAUUCAUCGGGCACCACUACUAUUCUACGUCACCGACAAAGCUGUUGGGAAUUUCGAGUUAAUAAAACCGACUUGGCGUGCAAGGCGCAAGGAGGGUUUUAAGGACUUGAAUUGGUAUCAGAGCGGACAGAGCCAAGUUCAAUCGUCGAUAUUAAACAAGUACUCGAGUUCUUAAUCGGCGGCUAAGAAUCUAACGGGUCGGCAAUCGAGGAGGUCGGGAUCGGCGGUAUGGUUCGUCGACUGAACGAGCGAAUAACCGGAAGUGUGAAGUUUGGUGACAGUUCGCGUGUGACGAUUAAAGGAAAAGGAUCAAUUUUAUUUGAAGGUAAAACCGGUGAACAAAAGCUUUUAACCGAUAUUUAUUAUAUCCAAAAUUUGCUGAGUAACGUGAUGAGUUUGGGUCAAGCAACCGAAUUUGGAUGUGAAAUUCGAAUGAAAGGUAAUUUUCUAACGAUGUUUGAUAGUGGUGGAAAAUUAUUGAUGCGGGUGAUUCGUUCGAAAAAGCGAUUGUACAAGGUGAAAUUAAAAGUGGGCACUCCCGUUUGUCUUAUGGCAAAAACAAGUGAAGAUUCGUGGUUAUGGCAUGCAAAGCUCGGGCAUGCUAGUUUCAAGACCUUAGAGCAAAUGAAUGGAAUGGUUUUAGGAGUUCCAAAGAUUCGUCACGAGAUUAAGGCGUGCGAAAUGUGUAUGGUUGGAAAACAAACGCCGAAAUCGUUCGCAAAGAAGGCACUGACAAAAAUCAAGUUCAAGGAGAUGCGGGAUCUACUUGACGUUGAAGACCUCCUGUAUACGACUCAAAAAUUCCGGGGGUGAUUGUUGGGAAUUUCGAGUUAAUAAAACCGACUUGGCUUGCAAGGCUCAAGGAGGGUUUUAAGGACUUGAACAACCCUGUCGUAUGAGUCUAACGGGUUAACCCAGAAGCAAAAAAAAACAGAGAAAAGGAUAUUGGAGCAACUCAAAAUAAACAAAUGUCCCUUAAAGGACUACAAUCAAAGAAACAUUUGGGUCCUAGAACAUUUGAGAGGCUGCAUGAAAUGUGAAAGGUGCAUUGGUCUUGCAUGUACCUCUUCUCUCUUGCACGACGAUGACUUGGCGCGUACCGAUGACUUGGCACGAAUCAGUGUAUCACCCUCAACUUAUUAUUUAUACAUUUUGAUUAACCGAAUUAGUCGUUUUGUUUUAUAGUUAAAACAAGUUGUUAAAUUAUGUA